CACAGGCGUCCCUCCUGCCUCCUUCUUCUCUCCACUACACCUGCUCCAUCCCCACUCUGCUACCACAAGCCAAGGUCUGGGAGAGAGAUUGGAGCCACCACCACUUCCCUGGAAACUGAAGCUGAAGGUCCUCGGCUCCCAAUCAGCAAUACAUGGAUAUCCUUAAACCCCCACAGGUAGAUGAGGAAGAAGAGGGCAAUGUAAAGGCCUCAGACCUCACAGUGUUUGCCAGUAACUCUACUCUUCAUGGGAUCAGCCAUGUGUUCCUGCCAGGUGGGGUGACUCCACGACGGGUGUUUUGGGCUUGUGCUUUUCUGGCCUCUCUGGGCUGCUUCCUCUUCCAGGUGGCUGAUCGGAUCAGUUACUACACACAGUACCACCACGUUACCACACUGGAUGAGACCGAGAGCAGUCAGAUGGUUUUCCCAGCCGUCAGCAUAUGUAACUAUAACGGGUUCCGCCUGUGGAAGCUGACCAGCAACGACCUGUACUGGAUGAGCGAGCUGCUGGGUCUGGAGAAAAACCUAGAAGAAGUGAAGAGUCUCUUAGGAAUCACAGAGAAGGACGAUUCUGAGAUCAAGAGCAGCUUUGACAUGCUGGACUUCUAUAACCGCACGGGUCACUCCAUGGAGGACAUGAUCCUAGGGUGCCGCUAUCGGAACCGAGAGUGCGGGCCACAAAACUUCUCUGAGAUAUACACGCGCUUUGGAAAGUGCUACACAUUCAACUCUGGAAAGGACGGUUAUGAGCUGCUGUACACGCUGAAGGGAGGGACUGGGAAUGGUCUGGAGCUGAUGAUGGACAUUCAGCAGGAUGAGUACAUACCUGUCUAUGAGGAGUCAGAGGACGUCGCAUUGGAGGCUGGAGUGAUGGUUCAGAUUCACACUCAGAAGGAGCCCCCGUUUAUAGAACAGUUGGGCUUUGGUGUGGCCCCAGGGUUCCAGACAUUUGUGUCCUGUCAGCAGCAGCAGCUAACUUACCUACCCCCACCAUGGGGCGAUUGCCGAAAUGCCACAGACAAACCUUCCUACUUUGAUACAUACAGCAUCACAGCUUGUCGCAUUGACUGUGAGACCAAGUACCUCCUGAAAGAAUGCAAGUGCCGCAUGGUCCAUAUGCCUGGAAAUGAGACCGUGUGUACGCCAACCCAGUACAGUGAGUGUGCAGAGAGUGCGCUGAAAGACAUAGAAUCCAUGGGGGAGCAAGGGAAAUCUUUCUGUGUGUGUGAGACGCCAUGCAGCCUGGUCAGGUUUGGGAAGGAGUUGUCUAUGGUGAAAAUCCCCAGCAAAUCAUCUGCCAAAUAUCUUGCCAAAAAAUACAACAAGACAGAGGAAUACAUUGCGGACAAUAUUUUGGUUUUGGACAUUUUCUUUGAAGCUCUGAACUAUGAGACGAUUGAGCAGAAGGCAGCUUAUGAAGUGGCAGGGUUGCUGGGUGACAUUGGAGGUCAGAUGGGGCUCUUUAUCGGGGCCAGUAUUCUCACUAUCAUGGAGAUCUUCGAUUAUCUGUACGAGGUUUUCCGGGACAAAGCACUGGGCUAUUUCCAGAAGCGGAAGAAGUGUAAAGAAAAUGACAAACUGGGGAGCCCAGAUGUCCUGUCCAACCCUACCAUGGGGCCCAUUCAUAACCCCAGGAUCCAUGCCUCGCAUUGCGGGGUGGCCCGCAGUUCACUGGAUUCCCACCGCACAUGUUACCUUGUCACCCGGCUCUAGGAUCCAUUCAAGAAUUUGCCUGCUGACAGCUCCAGGAUCUCUAUACGUCCCUCCACCUCCAACCCCCACGUCAUUACGGACACUAUAUUUCUGUUUUUACACCAUGUCUCCACUACCUGCAAAUAUGUUUAUUUAUGACUUUAGUAACUCAUAAUUAUGAUUAUUAUUCAUAUUUCAUAUUAUUUACAACAAAUUCCGAAUCAUAAUACAGUAAAUAUACUGUACACUACAAUGGUAAUACUAACCAUAGCAAA